GUACGAGAGCUCAUCACAACAAAGAGGAGUUUGGCCGCGGCCAUCGUUUGGGAGAUUGCAGGCUCCCGGGGACAGAGCUUGUGCCCGGGAGGACACAAGGAGCGAAGUGCCGAGCUGAGCAAUGCACCCGGAGAAGUAGGCGUUCACGGUAGGAGCUGUAGACCGGCCGACACUUCCUUUCCCCGGCUUGAGAGAGCCGAGCUGUAGAGGGUGAGUUGCAGCGACAGCCCGCACCCUUCCAGACCCAUCUCCAGCUGCUUAGAUACCCAAGGAGAUACUGCAAUUCUCUUCUACCCUAAGCCUAGAUCAUGGCUUCCAUCAAAGCCAAGGCUCUUUACAGCUUCCAGAGUGAGAACCCCGAGGAGAUCAGCAUCCAGGAGAAUGAGCAGCUGCUGGUUUUUAACGAGAAGUCUCUGGACGGCUGGCUGGAAGGCCAGAAUAGUCGGGGGGACAAAGGACUCUUUCCAGCUUCUUAUGUGGAAAUUCUCAAACCCAGUACACCCUCACCCUCCACUUCCAAUUCCUCUUUCACUCACUACUCCAGCCCUGCAAGCUCACCAGGGAAUCAUUCUGCAUUCUACUCCCCGAGUUAUGCAUCCCCGUACCAACAGGGCAGCUAUGAGGAAGAUGAUGAUGAUGAUUGGGAUGACUGGGAUGACUCUUCCACAGUGGUUGAUGAACCUGGCGUGACCAGUAACACCAAUGGGCACAAUCACCUCCACCCGUAUACAGUAUCCCCUUAUCCCAGUGUGAUUUACAGGCAAAAACCAUCCGUGGAAAGGCAGGACAGCACUGCCAGUAGGCUCAGCACUAAAAGUAGUGCCGUGGGCAAGAACUUCAAUCGUUUCUCAAGUUUUGUAAGGUCUGGUGGGGAGGCGUUUAUCCUGGGUGAGGUACCCUCUGUCUUUAAAACCUCAGAAACCUAUUGUGUGGUGAUGAGUCCCGAUGGGCCUCAGUGGAGCGAGAGCCCUCACCCCUUCACCUGCACCAUCGAGGAACCCACCAAGCAAACCAAGUUUAAAGGUAUCAAGAGUUACAUCUCCUACAAGCUGACCCCUAGUCAUACCAACUACCCUGUGUAUCGUCGCUACAAACACUUUGACUGGCUACACAACAGGCUGCUGCACAAGUUCUCUGUUAUCUCUGUGCCACAUCUUCCCGAGAAACAGGCCACAGGCCGAUUUGAAGAUGAUUUCAUUGAGAAACGCAAGAGGCGCUUGAUUCUGUGGAUGGACCACAUGACAAGCCACCCGGUGCUCUCCCAAUACGAAGGAUUCCAACACUUCCUGACUUGCACCGACGACAGGGCUUGGAAACAGGGGAAGAGGCGGAUGGAGAAAGAUGAGUUGGUCGGCGCCAAUUCAUUCCUCACCAUACAAAUUCCACAGGAGCAUCAGGAUCUUCAGGAUGUGGAGGAGAGGGUGGACACGUUUAAAACCUUCUCCAAGAGGAUGGAUGACAGUGUGCUACAGCUGACCAAUGUGGCUACUGAUCUCUGCCGCAAACACACUGGGGGCUUCAGGAAGGAAUUUCAGAAAUUAGGCAAUGCAUUCAAUUCGAUAAGUCAGGCAUUUGAGUUGGAUCAACCACACCUAGCAAUCCCUCUAAACAAGGCCAUUUCUAACACGGGCAAAACAUAUGAGGCCAUCGGAGAGUUGUUUGCAGAGCAGCCCAAGAAUGAUCUGUUCCACAUGUUGGAUACACUUUCCCUCUACCAGGGUUUACUGUCCAAUUUCCCAGAUAUCAUUCAUGUUCAGAAAGGUGCCUUUGCCAAGGUGAAAGAUAGCCAGAGGAUGAGCGAUGAAGGAAAAAUGGAUCAGGAGCAGGUGGACGGGAUAAAGAGGCGAUGUCGGGUGGUGGGAUUCGCUCUACAAGCUGAGAUGAACCAUUUCCACAAGCGCAGAAUCAUAGAUUUCAAACGCAUGAUGCAGUCUUACCUCCAGCAACAGAUCCUCUUCUAUCAGAGAAUCGGCCAGCAACUGGAGCAGACUCUGCACUUGUAUGACACAUUGUAAUAAAGCCCCCAGCACCCCCUUUCCACCUCCCCAUCCCUCACUCCCCUUCCACCUCCCCACUCACCCUACCAACUCCUUGAAAUUCUGACAGAUUCUACAGGAAUAGGCUGCUGAAACUCCCCCAAUCCCCUUGACUCUUCCCCCAACCCCCUCAACCCUUCCCCCAACCCCCUCGACCCUUCCCCCAACCCUCUCGACCCU